ACAUAUAUACGUGACUCAUCGUCUCUUUCAGUCCCACACGUUCUGCUCCAGCGAUUGAGAGAGAAUCUCUGUGUGGUUCUGAAUUUUAGGCUGUGAAUUUAUUGUGCUGGAAUUGAUUCGAAAAUGGCGGAGGAGUACAAGGAAGCGUUGUUGGAGAAGCACACGUAUCACGACGGAUGUCCGGGAUGCAAGGUGGAAAAGAUGAAGCAGCUCCGGCGAGGAUAUCCUUACCUCGAGCUUACCUUCGUUUGGAUUAUCGUCCUCUCCACUUCUCUGCCAAUUUCCUCACUCUAUCCCUUCCUCUACUAUAUGAUUGAGGAUUUUGGUGUUGCAAAGACGGAGAAAGAUAUUGGGUUUUAUGCUGGAUUUGUGGGUUGCUCAUUUAUGCUUGGAAGAGCAUUGACGUCUGUGUUCUGGGGAAUUGUGGCUGAUCGAUAUGGAAGAAAACCCAUUAUACUCUUGGGAACUAUCUCAAUUGCGAUUUUCAACGCUCUUUUUGGCUUGAGCGUAAACUUUUGGAUGGCAAUUGGCACGAGGUUUCUUCUUGGGAGUUUCAACUGUUUGCUUGGAACCAUGAAGGCAUAUGCAUCAGAAAUAUUUCGUGAUGAAUAUCAAGCAACAGCAAUGUCAGCUGUUAGUACUGCUUGGGGCAUUGGACUGAUCAUUGGCCCUGCUCUAGGGGGAUUUUUAGCCCAGCCAGCAGACAAAUAUCCAAAUGUGUUCUCCCAAGAAUCCAUUUUUGGCAGAUUCCGGUAUGCAUUGCCUUGCUUUACGAUAUCAGCUUUUGCCUUGGUUGUGACAGUACUAUGCUGCUUCAUUCCGGAGACACUGCACAAUCAUAAGCUGGGCAGCACAUCACAUGAUGACUCAUACGAAAUACUUGAAGCUGCAUCUCAUGAAUCCUCUGCUAUUGAGAAGGCAGGAAAAAACGAAAGAAAGGCUUCUCAGUCUCUCUUGAAGAAUUGGCCCCUAAUGUCAUCUAUCAUUGUGUAUUGUGUUCUGUGUCUGCAUGAUACUGCAUACUCUGAGAUAUUUGCACUAUGGGCUAACAGUCCAAGGAAGUAUGGAGGUCUGAGCUACUCAACCAAUGAUGUCGGUACAGUUCUUGCUAUAUCAGGUCUUGGCCUAUUCUCUUUUCAGGUAUUUGUUUAUCCUUUCGCUGAGAAACUGCUAGGACCUGUUCUGGUCACCCGAUAUGCUGGGGCACUGAUGAUUCCUAUACAGAUGAGUUAUCCAUUUAUAGCAAGCUUAUCAGGUCUCAGUCUAAGCUUGAUGUUAAAUUGUGCAUCAAUCCUCAUAAAUGUGCUAAGUGUGUCUGCCAUAACCGGCCUGUUGAUCCUUCAAAAUAGAGCAGUGGAUCAGAGCCAAAGAGGGGCGGCUAAUGGAAUAGCUAUGACAGCGAUGUCUCUCUUUAAAACCGUUGGACCAGCUGGUGCUGGCAUCUUAUUUUCUUGGAGUGAGAGGCGAUUAAACGCUGCAUUUCUACCAGGAUCGCAUAUGGUGUUCUUCGUCCUGAAUGUGAUAGUUGUUGUUGGAGUAGCUCUCACAUUCAAGCCUUUUCUAGUAACGGGUCGAAGAUGAAAAUUCAUUUGAAUUGGUAAGAUAGGGAAUGUAUGGACAUGUUGAUUCAUUUAAUUUCAGAUUCAAAAGAAACCCGUAAUAAAAUUUCACUAACCUU